UCCGUCAUGGUGAGUCCCCUCUUUUGUCAGCAUCAGCAUUUAGUGCUUUGUAGCGACGAAACGAGAAGUAUUCUACAGGCGUCUUUAAAAAAAAGUUACUUUCCUGUGACCGCCAAUGGGUCACCAAGGCAUGCUUUUGGCUGCCUUGCUUUCCCUGGCAACAUUGGUAUGCAGCGCCCCCAUUAGUCCGGAGUGUCCGGAUGGGGUGCUGUGGAGCGUCAAUGAAGAGACGCCAAUGUUAGCCAAUAGGGGCAAGGUAGUGGUGGUGGCGUUGUUGCAAGCUAGCUGACAUUUCUGUCUCUCGCAAGCUGAAGCACUUGAAGUUUUGCGAGAAAAAUUCCUAUCCCAAGGCAUGGACGAGAUCAGUUUUUUGGUGGUCAAUUCCAAGAAACUGCACUCUCAGUUCCUGAUUGGGCAUCUGCACCAACGUGUUAGUUUUCCCGUGUACCAAGCACGGUAUGAGAACGACAUUUGGAGCCAGCUAGAUGGAGCAAAAGAUGACAUUAUAGUAUACGAUAGAUGUGGUAAACUUGUAGAUCAUAUUAGAAUGCCAUACAGUUUCCUUGAAAAUGACAAUGUAGAAAGGGCCAUUGUCAGUGCAUAUUAUGAAAAUCCAUGUGGCCGAUGUGAGGUCGUUGAACCUCAGGUGAGCGAAGAUCUAGUGACGUACGAAGUAAACACCUCAUAUGAGGGGUCUGGCGAUAUCAUCGAUGGUGAUCCGCUGGUCUAUUUGAUUGAACUUGAGCAUGAAGUCGAAGAUCUUGAAAAACAAGCACUGGAAAGACAGCGAGUAAGAAACCAUAGCCAAACGAACAGCAGUGAUGAGUCACAGAUGGUUGGUCAGGAUGAGAAAAAUAGUGAGAGCAUGGAGAGCAGGGAAGAUAAAUCAGGCUCUGCGUCAUCAGAGGAGAGCAAGAAAUAUGGCAGCACGGAGAGUAAAUCAGGAUCUUUCUCAUCAGAGGAGAGCAAGCAAGAUGGCAGCAGGCAGUCCGGCUCAUCAGAGGAGAGCAAGCAAGAUGGCAGCAGGCAGUCCGGCUCAUCAGAGGAGAGCAAGCAAGAUGGCAGCAGGCAGUUCGGCUCAUCAGAGGAGAGCAAGCAAGAUGGCAGCAGGCAGUCCGGCUCAUCAGAAGAGAAGAAAAAAGACGAUGACUGGUGGAAGGUAGAGAAAUGGUCAUCAGAAGAUAAACACAGCAAAGAAGAAUCACAUGACAAGAAAAGUAAGGAUAAAGACUCUCUUGAGGCGACAAGAAAAGAUUGGUCGAGCGAGAGUGAUGAAGAUUCUUUUGAAAUGAAAAGAAAAGAUGACAGGCCAACUGAAACUAAUGAAGACAACGGGCAAGAUGCUGACUGGUGGAAAGUCAAAGGGUGGUCAGAAGAGAUGAGCACAAAGAAAGAUCAGUUGAGGGAUAAAGAUGAAGAUUUAAAAGAAAGGCGGCCCAACAAUACAAAAGAUUCAAAGUCAUCAUCAUCAUAUGAUAAACAGGAUGAAGAUCUGCUACUUGAGCAUGUUGAUCACGAUGACAAAUUUGAAUCAGAAAGAUGACAGGAGCUUCACAAUCACAACGAGGUCACCUGACAACGGCUUCAUCAGCUGGGCUUUAAAGACAGCUGAUGCGAGUGAUGUUGAUGUUAGAUUGGAUGCAGUGAAUUAGGAGUAGACUUGUCUGCUCUUAAUCCUCUCGCCCACUCAUGUUGCCAUGGUGAUGAUCAUAAUGUCAUCAGUCGCAUGAUCAUCAUGUGAUUAUUAGAUCCAUCUUGUCACAUGAUUAAUUAAAUCAUGUGACUGGCAUGAUGUCAUCACCAGACUGUCAUGUGAUCAGCCCAGCUAUGACAUCAUCCACGAAUGAAGGUUUUAAGCAAAACCUCAACAGGGGGUCCUUGAAACUGGAUAAUACCGGAUGAUACUGGUUGCAGCUGCGGUGAUCACCAAUGACAUACAUGAGCAUAUUACUAUUCUCUGCACACGUUAAUGACGUACAGAGAUGAGCUAUUUUUAUAUAAUUUACAUUGAACUGUCCAACAUCAGUGAAUGAUGUUUAAUUUCAUAUAUUUCACAGAAGCAAUAUUAAUACUGUAAAUCCUCAUCUGUAGCUUUCUGUAUACAAGUCUAGAAUUUAAAUUAAUAUUGACGAGCUCACUUUUAUAAAAUUCCUGUAUAUCACAUAUAUUAUCUGAUUUGAAGUGCCAUUAUCUAUUAUCUAUCUAUAUAAUGCCAACUAAUACUUUAUUAUUUUUCCCAGAUUUGAAAUAAGAUUUGUUAUAUAAUUUAAAAAAUAUAUGAUGUUAACCAAAUCUGAUCUUAAAAUAUUUGUAUUUUAUUUCAUAUAUUUGAGUUAGAUUAUGCUAAAAGGAGUUGGUCUUUGCGGUCAUGUGCAUUCACAAUAUUGGUGAAUGAAUAUAAGUGCAUACAUUGCCGUGAAUAGUACAGAACCAACAUCAAACACACACGACUGUGACAUACGUCCUUUGACAAAUUUACAAACUGGGUACAAAUCACCUAACUUUAUACCGGUAUCAUACUACUAAUGAUAAUGUUGAAAUUAUUAAAUAAUAUAUCUAGGUUUUAGAAAGUUACUUGAAUGCAUGAAAUAUUUGUGGAUUAUGGACUUGUGGGGUCCUUGUACACAAAUAUGUAGCUGUAAGGGGCAGACCAGUACAAACAGGGGGUAAAUGUGGUUUUUGUACCAUCUCCCCACCUAGAGUUUGUACUGGUCUACCCUUUACAGUUCAUCUGCAGGUAGUAGUCAUUGUUGAUUAUUUAAAGAUUUUGUUAUUGUUAUUUUACAAUACAUUUGUUUUUAUGAAUGAUUUUAUCUUUAUUAUAUAUUUUUUAUUAUCCGGAGCAAAAAUAUGUUUUAUUUUGUCUGCAAUAUGACCAUGUAGGUGGUACCAGAGGUUGAUGAAACAAACAGUUAAAAAAGUAUAAAAAAAUUUAAUUGAGAAGUUUGUAAUAGAAUUAAUUCCAGUGAUCUGUAAUUUGUUAUAAAAUAAAUUAUGCAUCUCUUUGUGUUAGCAGUAACUGAUUUCUGCUCAACAAAAAAACUUGUUUUUGUAGUUUUCUAUAUGACGUCUUUCUGAAAAUCUGUUUCAUGAAAUGGACCGGGAAGGCAGAAAACCUGAAAACUACAGAAAAGUUGUAUUUGCGAGUUUGUUUUCUUUGCUACCAACACAAAGCUAAGCAUAACAGUUUUAAACAUGUGGAGACUAAAAUAAAUAAAUAAAUAAAAAUAAAAUUGCGUUUUUUUUAUUACAACCAAGAAAUCAGACUUCUGCAUUACUCAGAAAACUAAAUAUCCCUCUUAUGUGAAUAUCGUUGUUAUAAAUGCAUUCUAAUGAGCUCUUGAAAAAUGAUUUAUUUUAAGGAGAUGGUAGGUCAGAACUACAUAUCAGACUUGAUUCAACUUUGUCAACUUGGUAGAACUCUUCGUUCAAGUAAUACAUCUACACUUACAGUGCCCAGAGCCAGACUCAAGACACAUGGCGAUCGCUCAUUCUCACAUGCUUCUCCGCCAUUAUGGAAUCAGUUACCAACAGACAUUCGUUCUGCAGCCAGUUUAAACAUUUUCAAAUCUAAACCCAAAAUUUGUAUGUUUCAGAGAGCAUUUCUGUGAACUGACAGCAUCAUUGGGCAUCAUCGUGAUGGAUAUGAGGCGCUAUACAAACUCUUAAUUAUUAUUAUAGGACUUAAUCAGGGCCAGAUUAAAAUAAAAAACAAAACAAAAACAUAAAUUGGAGGAAUAAAGUAUCUAGUAAAAACUAAACAGAUCCUAUUUUGAUUGUUCUCUUGGAAAAUAGAAUGUCAAUCACCUAUCCUAUAAAUACCGUCCUCUAGAGAACCUAUCCUAUAAAUACCGCCCUCUAGAGAACCUAUCAUAUAAAUACCGCCCUCUGGAGAUGAAAUGUUAACAUAAACGAGUGAAAGGGACAAAUACUUAUAUAUGCAAUACCUAGUGAUUCUCCUAUAGCAUUAUGCCACAACAGCAGCCAUUUUGAAUUCAAACACAAGACUUGGUAUCCAUCUAUGAAAACAGCACCGUCUAGAGGUUGAUAGAUGCAAAUAUGCCUUCAAAAAUAAUUUCCAUGCAAAAACCUUAUUACUCCAAUUGUUAAUUGUCAUUUUUUUCCUCAGUAUAGUCCCAAAUUAAAAUUGGUUUUUAUCUUUUGAAACA